UAUAUAUUUAUUUAAAUCCCCAAUUUUUAUUUUCAUCGUUUUCACAUUGAAACACAUUAACAUUGCGAGAGAGGAAAAAAAAAAAGGCAAAUACCAGAAAGGAAGAUCCGAAAUUUUCAGUUCUAGGGAAAAAGAAAAGGAAAUCGCCAAGGAAAAUUUUUCAUUUUAGUUGGAAUAUUUUCUCUUUUGGAUUCUUUUUUUCAAACAAUAAAUCUGAAAGAAAAAGAUCGUUUUUUAACAUUGGUUCUUCGUUUGAUCUUUGAUCAGAGAAAAAGGAACAAAUCUAUUUCCUUAUUUAAUAAUCACAGUUUUUUUUUUCCUCUUUGUUGUUGUUAAUCAUUGUGAUCAUCGUCUCUUCUUACACACUCAAAAGAGGAUCCGUCUCUGUUUUGUUUCCUCUAAAGACCAGUUUUUGAUUCUUUUGUGUCUGUGUGUUGUGUUAUACCGAGCCAUGUCUGAAACUCAGCAGGUUCAGAACUCUACUGGGUCGAUUCGAUCUUCCGAGAAUAUUGAAGAUACCUUCAGGAGGAUGGAAGUUAAUGAAGAGCAAUCAAGUCAAUAUCCUGAUCGUCCCGGUGAGCGAGAUUGCCAGUUCUUUCUUAGAACUGGGCAGUGUGGGUAUGGAAACACCUGCCGUUACAAUCAUCCUCUUUCUCAUCUUCCACAGGGUGUCUUUUAUCAAAGAGACGACCUGCCUGAGAGGAUUGGUCAGCCAGAUUGUGAGUAUUUUCUGAAGACAGGAGCCUGUAAGUAUGGCUCAACAUGUAAAUAUCACCACCCUAAAGACAGGAACGGUGCUGGACCCGUGCUGUUCAAUGUUCUCGGCUAUCCUAUGCGACAGGGUGAGAAGUCAUGCCCAUAUUACAUGCAGAAAGGAAUGUGUAGAUUUGGAGUUGCCUGCAAAUUCCAUCAUCCUCAUUCUAAUCCUCAGCCUCAUAAUGGCAGCCACGCUACUACAUAUGGAAUGUCUAACUUUCCUUCUGUUGGUUUUCCUUAUGCCGGUGGCUUGCCGAUGAUGUCUAUGCCUCCUGCAACAUAUGGAGUUAUGCCACCUCCUGGAACUUAUGGAGGAGCUAUGCCACGUCCUCAGGUUCCUCACCCUCAGACCUAUAUGCCCUUCAUGGUUCCACCUCCUCAAGGCUGGUCUACUUACAUGGCUGGAUCUAAUCCUAUUUAUAAUGUGAAAACUCAACUUUACUCCAGUUCGAGUGCAUCGGUUCCUGUGGCAGUGACAUCGCAUCAGCACAGUGUUUCUGAAAGAGCUGAAUGUAGGUUCUUCAUGAACACCGGAACCUGUAAAUAUGGAGAUGAUUGCAAGUACACUCAUCCGAGGGAGAGGAUGUUAUCACCAAAUCUUCUAAACCCUAUUGUUCUUCCAGCUAGAUCAGGGAAACCAGCAUGUGGUAACUUUGCCUCCGGAUACUGCAAGUAUGGAGCAAACUGCAAAUUUGAUCACCCAAUGCCACUAAACCCUUACGAUGGUACAGGCUUGACCAUGCCUUCUCUGCCUACUGCUUAUGCUAUACCUGUUACAACUCAUCUGCCAAGCCGCUCUGAUUCAAAUGCUCUCUCCAAUGGUAGUAAACCUGCUACAGAGAAUCACACCUCAGAGACUGAGAAACAAGACGACAAGUCUGAAGUGCAGGACCCAUCACAACUCAGCGGCUCUGACUCAACUGCUAUAUCCAAUGGUAAUAAACCUGCUACAGAGAAUGAGACCUCAGAGACGGAAGUAACAGAGAAGUCUGAAGUGCAGGGGAGCUCUGAUUCAGCGGCCUUGUCCAAUGGCAACUCUGGCGCAGAGAGUCCAAGUUCAGAGACUAAGAAACAGGAAGACAAUCCUUCACAGCCAGACAACUCAGGAAAUCAGGACUCAUCUGAUAAGUGAUAAUGAUACAUGAUCAUUAUCAUGAGCUCAUAAUCAAUACCAUCAUUACAAUUCGGGUAUCUAACAAUCUCUCAAAAGAUCUCUGUGCCCUUUUUGUUAAUUUUUUGGAAGGAGGGCCUGAAAAUGUUUUAUUUUUUGUUCUGUUUUUUUUGUUCUUUUUGGGUUCAGCCACGGCUGAAACAAAAUAGGGAAUGAACAGUGUUUUGAAUUGGUUAAUAAAAUAAAAUUUGACAUCAA